CGAAUAUAAACAGAACACCACACGUCUGUCCUUGUGACUCCUGAGAGAGUAGCACGACAGCGAAGCCCGCGGAUCACAGGAACGCGGAGGAGCGAUGGCGGGGAGGCAAAGGGGAGGGGUGAUGAGCUUGGCUCGUGUGUAGUAGAGCUGAUUAGUAAUUAGCGUUUCGAGUGAUAAGUGUGUUCUGCUCGAGAUAGGGUUCACGGUGAAUAGGGGUCACACGGUUGGGAAGAAGAAGGCAUUGGAGGUAGCCGCGGCUGGAGGGCGCGAGCUUGUGCGCGGGGCAGGUGGUGUGGAGCCUCAGCGAUUUUGCGCGCGGUGUUGUUGGCGGUGAGCAAGGCAGUGUCGGUGCUCGAUUCAGGGGGGCGCGCGGAGGGUGUGUGCGGGGGGCCGUGGUGAGUCCGAAGGGUUGGGGGCUGUGGAGGGGGGCAAGAAGUCGGUGUGGAAGCUGUGAGCACGUGUCUGCCUGAAGAGGCAGCAGCGAGGGAGAAGGUAGGACGGGGGGAGGAGAGAAAGGUGGUGGACAGUUUUCGCGUGCGUGCGUGUUCGCCUAGACGAGGGCGCGCUGUGUACGGAGGUGUUAGGGAGUAGGAGUUUGGUGAAGGUGGUCGGUUUGUGUGCUCAGAGGGCGGCUGACGGGAACGCUCUGAGUGACGGAGGGCGGGUUUGAGGAAGGAGUAUAUACGGUUAAUCUUUAGUGUGAAUAGUCACUGAAGUGUUAAUGGAAGCGACGGCGAGCCAAUCAGCGAAAAUGGAGGAUCUGGUAAUCAAGGUGCAAUACCAGACCAAUUUAAGGCGUUUUAUUGUUCCCAGACCUCCAGCUUCCAAGUUUGCGGACGUGAAAGCGCGUAUUCGAGAGGCGCUGAGUAUCGCUGAUGGUGUGGAAUUCAGCCUGACGUACAGGGACAAGGAUGACGACUUGGUGACGAUGGCGGGAGAUGAUGAUUUGUACGAUGCGUUCACCAUUCAAAAUCUGAAUCCUCUGCGUGUUUUCGUUACGGUGGAGAGCGACAGUCGAGGUACAGGUCCCGCGCCGGGCGACACAGGGGUAUGGGGGAGUGGAUGGAGUAGAACAGCGCAAGUAACGAGGAAGUCCGCUCCUGGGACGACUGAUGGGUCGGGAUGGGGGGAUGCGCCGACGGCGGGCGCGAACGGAUGGGGGGGAGAAUCAUCGGGUGCGCGAGCGGGAGGGGCGAGCGGAUGGGGGGGGGAAUCAUCGGGUGCGCGAGCGGGAGGGGCGAGCGGAUGGGGGGGGGAAUCAUCGGGUGCGCGAGCGGGAGGGCCGAUCGGAUGGGGGGGGGAGUCGUCGGGUCCGCGAGCGGGAGGCGCGAGCGGAUGGGGCGGGGAAUCAUCGGGUCAGCGAGCGGGAGGCGCUAGCGGAUGGGCGGAACCGCCGUUUCCGCGAGUGGGAGGGAAGCCCGGUUUCAUGGGGUGGUCAAUGUGGGGAAGGGGGAGAGGGGCCGGUUGGGGAGGUGGAUGGGGGGGAGGCGGAGGAGGGGGAAACCGCGGCUGGGGAGGUUGGGGCGAUCGGCGAGGGGCAACGGGGGAGUGGGGAGCAGCGGGUGGGUCAGGAGCCGAAAGCGGAGGGUGGGGGGACGGUUGGGCGGAGGUUCAUGUCUUACCCAAGAGAGGCACGAACCAUCCUGCUUCCCCUCCGCCCGCUUCUGCGCCUACUUCUGCCCCCCCUCCGCCAGCCUCUCCUUCCCCCGCUCCCCCUGCACCUCAGCGCGCGCCUCCGGGAUCCUCCCAAGAGCGCGGGACCUCCGCCGACCCUCGCGGACCACAACCCCCCCGUCACGACUGUAAUUUGUUCGACAUCCUGCGCAAUCUGGAAGACCGUCUACGCGCCGCUGCCUCGGAGCCCAAUACCGUCCCAGGACUCGAUGCUACCGUGGCUGCAGUGAGUCAAAGUGCCAACGUGGCAAAGAUGGUUGUGCAGCAAAUAGAGCAGCUCAUGCGCGCGAAUCCCGCUCUGAGAACCAUCGGACAGGAUGCCUCGCAGGAAGCAGUGGCGCGGGCGUUCGAGUCCGUGAUGGGUGUGGUGAGCAAUUUAGCAGAGCAGCUUGGCGGUCAUCGUACGGCAGCAGAUUGCGGAGUCGGGGAUGACGAUGUGAGAGCGGGUCGUGGUCCCGCUGGGGAUGGUGGCAAUGUCCAUAGCUGUCCUGCACAGAGGAACUCGACGGGGAGGGGUGCUGGGAAUGGUGAUGCGGAAGCUGCCGCCGCUGGUCCUGCAGCUAAUCAAUCGCCAUCAGGGCAAGGUCAGGCCUCGUCAGCGGAUGCCCGGCAGCAGCGGGAGCAGCAGCAGAAGAGUGGACUCUCUUCGGCGAACGACAGCGGCAGCAGUGAUUCGUCGAAUGACUGUGGUAUCCAGCUCCAUCCUGGAAUUUACUGCGACGGGUGUGGAGUCGGACCAAUCGUGGGGCCGAGAUUCAAAUCGCUUCUGAGGGACGAUUAUGAUCUCUGUCGCAAGUGUAAGGAAGAGGGAGUUGGACGUGAGGAGAGCGAUGCCGACUACAUGCGGAUUGACCGUCCUGUGCGUGCUGCCAUGCAUGUACGUCCUUCUGGCCGUUGCGGCCCCUGGGGAUGGCGUCUUGGUACUGUCGUGGGAGAUGGGGACCUUGAGAGGCAGGGUCGAAUGGGUGGGCGAUAUGGACGUAGCUGGAAUGCAUCUGGUGGCUGCCACGGGCCCACUGGCGGCCCUGCUGUAGGCAGCGUUUCAUUCGGGGGAAGGCCAUGGCACACUUUCCGAGUGGGACCAUGCCAUGGAGGUCCGUCCCCGGGCAGUGCCAAAGAGUACGAUGCGCGGUUUGUUCGCGAUGUUACCAUCAGCGACGGGAUGGAGAUCAUUCCGAACACCACCUUCAUGAAGAUCUGGUGUAUGAGGAACAGCGGUUUGUCGCCAUGGCCACCUUUCAGUCAGUUGGUGUUCGUUGGUGGAGACAAGCUGGGAGUACUGGACACGGUUCUCCUUGAGCUGCCUGAGAAUGGUUUGCCUCCUGGAGAAGAAGUCGACGUGGCUGUUGAGUGUGCGUCACCCGAGCAACCUGGGCGGUAUGUCUCAAACUGGAGGCUGGCCUUACCCAGCGGACAGAAGUUCGGUCAUCGACUUUGGAUUCAGGUUCAGGUGGUUGACAGGGCGACAGACGAGGGAGGGGAGGUGAAGGUGGAAGGGAUGCCGUCUGCACCCAUGGUAGAGGAAUUGGAGUUCCAUGCGGACGGAACUGAUAAGGCUGAGGAUAUGGAGAGAGCACUGACUGGGGGUGAUUUCUCUGAGCAAGAGGUAAGAAGUAGCAUGACUGCACCAACGACUGCAGAGGCACCUGGUCAGGGAAAGCAGGAGCAGCGACCUCACGUGGAGGCGGACUCUGUCACAAUGAAGGUUACUGGACAUGGGUCUGGUGUGUCUGUGCAGGAGUCGGUGGCAGGUGGCAGCAGCCCCCCUUUGGCUGCGGCGGUGGAGAAAUUGGCUUACCUAUCCCUUGCGUCGGAGGGGUCGGUUGGUGAUGAGGGUGGUGAGAUGGCGGCAGGUGGCAGCAGCCCCCCUUUGAGUGUGGCGGUGGAGAAAAUGACCUAUCUAUCCCUUGCACCGGGGGGGUCCGUUGGUGGUGAGGGGGGUGAGAUGUUAAAUGCAGAAGACGAUGAUGAUGGUGCAGUGGAUUUUGGAGAGAUGGUGCAUCUGAGCGACGAGCAGCACCCGGAGGGAGAGCAGCCCUUCUUGACAGCUGAUGUUUCUGUCUCGGAAGUGUCUGUAGACGAUGACUUGUCAAUGUCAGGCGGAGAGGAUGAAGGGUUGGUGCAGAAGGUUAAGGAGGAGGACCAAAUGCCCACGGGUUUCACUAGUGCGUCGAGCUCGUCCGGGUAUCCGGAUGAUUAUGUGGAGGGGCAGCUCGGUGGAGAAGGGUUCUCCAUUGUGGAGAAACCUCUCUCUGUGGAAAUCGAGGAAGUGGAAGGUGAUGACAUCAUCAUUUCUCCUGUUCAGGUCGUCGCCCGCGAAAUCGUGAAAGUGAAAGAGGUGGAGGAGGAGAUUGUGGCAGUGGACGAAUACGAACCGAAAAGCGCCAAUGAUAAGGUGGCAGGGCAUGGAGGAGGUGGUGGUAAACCUGAGGAUGCGGUGCGUCCUCCUCCUAAGCCAGAUACUAACUCUGCUGCCGCAGCUGCUCCUGUUGCUGCCCCGGUUGUGACUGAAGCUGAUGGCUUCAAGUUGUCUUUGCGCCAGGAGCUUGUGUCCAUGGGAUUCCAGAAUCUGGCUCUGAACGACGAACUGCUGAAGCAGUACCAGUAUGAUCUGGCGCGGACUGUGGAGGACCUGGUAUCGCUUUCGAGUUGGGAAGACAAGUUGGAGGAUUUGCAGAGCAUGGGUUUUGAAGAUGUCAAUCUCAAUCGGCGGCUCAUGUUGAAACACAAGGGGAGUGUCCCCAACGCGGUGAAGGAACUUGUGCAGAUUGCCAAGACCGGGUCUGGACCUAACGCUGCCCCGAAAAUGUACUGAGUACAUGACCCUGCGCCCACCGCCUACAUGAUCGUUUGACACGCUGUUUUGCAGGCCACGAGUAUAUAUAAGAUGGAUCAGAAGUUGUCGUAGAGUGUGUUCGUGGCUUGUGGGUCGGGAAGGGUGUCGGAGUCGCAGAAGAACUGAUCGUUUUCAGCUUUUGAUGUGGGGUGAGGAUAUGUGGCAGGGUUGUGUCUCAUGAAGUUUAAUAUUGCCGCUGCUUUGCAUGGAAGAUAUUAAAGACAAAGACCAGAACAAUUGAAGAGGUUGAAGGACAGAUAGGUUGAUGGUGUGGGUUAGACACAGCUUGGAAGAACGAGAGUAGUCACAAAGGUGACAUAGCGAAGUAGCGUGCUUCAUAUCUGGUGCUGUUGACUUCCGUAGCGGCCACAAUGAUCCUUGUAGGGUGCGACGUGAAAAAAAAAUAUCCUGAUGUAGUUCGCGACAUUGGCUUUGCAACUCGAGCGGUUACCGCUGCUUGGUUCUGCUGUGAGUUUGUGGCCGAUAGUCGUCUCUGACUGAAGGGCGCCGGUUGUCCUUGUUCGAUGACGUAGUUGUUGCCCAGGCCAUGUGGCUGUUCUGAGGUGUGUGCGCGAUGCUUGGCAGGCAUGCAUGCAAGGUUGUAUGUGUUCUAUGCGAAGGGAGGGAGGUUUACGUACACGUCUGGUGCAUCUUCUGAUGAGGACUCGGGUGAUUGGGGCUGGGGGCAUUGAGAGGCGUUAUUAUUGUGUGCCAGGGGCAGGAGGAGGUCACUCUCUCUCUCUCUCUCUCUCUCUCUCUCUCUCUCUCUCUCUCUCUCUCUCUCUCUUUCUCUCUCUCUCGUGUGCACACGUGUGCGGGAUGGAGAGCUCCAGUCUGCUUCCUAUUUUGUUUUCCUGCUGUUACAGCCUGUUUGUCUCUCUCUCUCUCUCUCUGUUUAGCUCAUUUUGGGCAGAUCGGUGCAGAUUUUCCCUGCUCGGGCCAGACUUUCGUUAUGGGAGAGGCCUUCGUGUCUCUGUUGUUCUGGAGGUAUCUGCCCAAGGGUGGAUGGUUUGGUUUGAAGGCUUCCUCUGCAUUGCUUGGUCAGUGAGGAUUGGCCGAGUAGCAGGCAGUGUUUGUUAGUCUGGUUAGAGUGGAGGCUUGUGGUGCUGUGGAGUUGGGCUAGAAAGAAUUGCGAGCAAUGUUCUCUGGUCUCUGUCCUUUGGGAAGUCAGGGGUUAGGUUUCCUGAAAGCAAUUUGUGGAAGCCGUUUCGACUAUUGUACUGUAGUAGAGUCGGAAGGCUGGUGGUCCCCACCGGUGGGUGGGUGGGGCAUCCAGUCCUCGGCGAUGAUCGUGCCUGUGCUGGUUUACACAAGGAUUAUGUGGGUCACGGAUGAGCAAUAGAUCAGUUUGUUUUUAACUCUGGUACGAGGAGGAUAUGAGGUUGUGCAGAAUGGAAUCUCUGGCACAUGGCCCAGAGGUUACGUAUAUGCCGAUGGUUGUAGUACCUUGUUGUGGGAUCGAAUCGCUCUGGCAGCCUUUGGGGGGGGAAAAAAAUAAAAAUAGAGGUUGCAAUGUGUUGCAUUAGUUUGUUAAAGAUCGUCGUUUGUCUGUAAGUGUUAUUGACAGUCCUGCAGUGUGUUGUGAUGCGGUCUCUCUCAUCAGUGCAUUUUGUGACUUUUAGCGAGUUGGGCAUAAUCAGUGGCGCUAGGGGGGAAGAAGAAGAGAGAUCGUCAGUGGUGCCACCAGGUCAUGCUUGAACGACCAGCAGUCUAGAGGAGCAACAAGAAGGUCACUAGUGGUGAAGUGCAGAAAGGAGAUCCAGAGAGGUGAAGUUGGCGGUUGUGUCAAUCUCAUUCGUCCAUUGUUGUGAGUAUAUACUUAGGUCGGGAGUGUAAUUGCGACCAGAUGCGUCCAGUUCUGGCUAUAUAUGCUGUUAUAUGCAUUCAAGAUUUAGCGCUAAGAGUAGAGUACGUCCUCCGUUUCCUCCAUGGUCAGAAUGAAGAGGUCUAUUCCUAUAGGCACGGAAGCUCUGACCAGUGGAGGUAGAAUUCUGGACACAAGGACAAGGAUGCUGAAUUGGGAGAACUGUGCUAAUUCUGGACACAAGGACAAGGAUGCUGAAUUGUGAGAUCUGUGCUGCUGCUGAAUGACCCCCUACACCCCACCCCAGCCCGCCCACCCCCUUUGAUGCGGAGGUAAAGAGUUCUCAACACAAGGACACGUUGAAUUGCAAGAUCUGUGCUGCUGCUGGCAUGAAUUGCGAGAUC